AGGCAACGAGAGAUGAACAUCUGGCUCGGCAAGAUGGAUCAACUUCAAACGCUGCAGCAUUUGCAGGCCUGCAAAGACCGAGAGUUGGUCUACCUGCGAGUCGCCAUGACCAUCCGACGCCUAGAGGAGGAUCAGGGCGUCGAGCAUCGCUUGGUCUUGAACCGCGUCUCCCAGCACCUGCAGCAGAUGCGGCUCUUCCUGGAGAAGACCCUCCGUGCUUCUGGUGUCUCCUCAUGUUUAGACCUCAUGGGCGUCACCCCGGGCAGCAUUGUACUGGAGCAAGAGAGCUUCAUCCAUAUGGUCCUCCGAAAUGAGCGCAUCCUGGGUGAUGUGACAGCCAUUGCUUCACCUCGCGGCGCCAGCUCCCUGAACCGCAGCCAGUGCCAGGGCAUCUCCGCCAGCUUCGGAAGCGGCAGUCGUGGUGGCAAGGGUGCGGACCAGAUGGGCGCCUCACUGGAGCUACGAGCCUUUGGUGAAUUUCUAGGUGCCCGUUUCCCUUCGUUGCGGGCAGCAUUAUCUGCCAUGGACAUCACCGGCACAGGGCGGGUGGCUUGCUUCGAGCUGGAAUCGUGGCUGCGACAGCAGAUGUAUCCUGGAAAUGCCCGGAUGCUGCUGAAGGACCUGGGUCGCAAAGGAAGUUUAGGCAUGGCACAGCUGCGGUUUCUGGCGCCCGCCUUUGUGCGUCAGAGCGAUCCCCGGGGGCGACCAGGCGGUGCCACGGCCGCCGCCUUGGUCCGAAGCUUGUGGCAAUCUGUGGAUAGCAAAGCACGGCAGUACCAGCCACUGGAGGCGCAACAAGCUGCCAUCCGAUGCUGCCGUUGCGUCUUUUCCUUCUUGGAUGAUGCGGUGGUGCUGUCGCCCCGCAGUGAGCAGACGCCCCGCAACUUGAAUGACACGGCCAAGCUAGCGGGUACAGGUCGUUUGGGCGACCAGGGCCUAGAUACCUUCCAGUCGGUGCUCACGCCCCGCUCGCGGAAAGAGGGCGAGUUGAGUCUGGCCAGUGCUUCAGGGAGACGCGUCACAGGCGAAGUGGAGAAACGCGUCUCCGCGAUGCAUUACAGGAGAAGCG